AUGGUGCCACCACCGGCGGCUGUGGCCCGGCGCUCCUUGUCCUUGGACCACGAGAUGUUUCUCGAUUUCCUUGUGCUCGUCCUCUCCUGCCUUCCCUGCAUCGCCGACCGUGGAAGCUUCGCUUCCGUCUGCACACUCUGGAGGCGUGCCGCGGGUCUCUCCGACGCGCCGCCGCCCGCUCAGCUCCCGUGGGCCAUAUUCCCGUCCGCAACCGCCGCGUCCACCGUGUUCAGCAUCCUUUCCGCCUCCACUCGCCGGAUCUACCUGCCAACCGAGCUCGUGGGCGCGCGCCUCUGCGGAUCCCACCCCGGCGCCUGGGUGGCCGCCACCGGACACGUCCCCAGCGGCGGGAACGUGGCCAUCAAUCUCUUGUCCCGCGAGAUGGUUCCCCUUCCUAACAAGAAGCUGGCCCCCCUGAGCCGUCGACGCGCAAUCCAGCUGCUGGAGGGUGAGGGUCCCGAGCCCUUGAUCAGGCAGCGGGCGGAAAAGGACGUGGCCGUCCGCGCCAUCGCCUUCUCCGACGCGCCCAACUCGCCAGACUGCGUCGCGGCCGCUAUCACGGAGGGCGUCUACCAACCCAGCGUCGCCAUGUGCUGGCUGGGAGCGCAGCCACAGCACUGGGCCGUGCCGUGGACGAUUCCCGCUGGCGUCCAAGAUGUUGUGUACUUCGAGGUCGGAGGUAAUUUGAAGCCAAGCUUCUACUUAAUCACCAACUGGGAUGCCCUCUUCGUGGCAUCCUUUGUUGAUGAUACACAGAUCCUGGUGCACAAGUGCAGGGUACAGUGGCCGACGGAUGACAUGCCUACCCUGCCGGCCAACGUCUACACAAGCCGGUACCUAGUGGUGUCACGAGGGCACUUGCUAAUGGUUCGCAGGUACUACUCUUACUCCAAAAGUGACGGCACGCAUCAGACGAUGCUCUUCAGGGUGUUCGAAUUGCAAAAUCAAACCCUAGACUUGUCAUGGCUGGAGCUUGACAGUUUGGGUAGUCGAGCUCUCUUCCUUGCGCGCUGCAGUUCCAGGGCUUUUGAGUUGCCUGCUAACAGUGAGAUCAAACCGGGGAGCAUCUUUUUCUUGGACGACAUUACAUUUGGUGAAUCAGUGGCAGCAACAAAAAAUGAUAACCAAUACAAUCGCAAUGACAUGGGAGUGUAUUACAAGGAUGAACCAGGCUUAACUUGGCCUCAUCUGUGCUCCAAUCUUUUUGGGGCAAAAAACUUUGUGGCGUUCCUGAAACAUGAAGGGAAAAUGGAAAUCAUGCUAUUUGACAAUCUGCAGGAAUUGGAGACAUAUGUUGGCAACAAACCUAUUGAGGUGGAGAUCAAAGGCUGCAUCCGCCGCUUCAAUUGGGAACAAGCCACCAAGUGCCCAACUCCAAUCUGGUUUGCGCAUUGA